AUGGCUACCCCAAGCCCCCCAAACCUCUCUAAAACACUUUCCGACAAGGCCAGCAACCUUCUCAAUAAGGUCAACGAUGCUCAAUCCAUCUUCAACCCAGUUACCCAACUCCUAGAUACCUACCUAGGCUCUGAGGAAGUCCGCGCUCUCCCACCGAGUUCACGAAAACUCCUCACCUCCCUUUGCCUUGAGUUUAAGGCAACCAUCGAACAGCAUUUCGACGCCUUUGUUACUGGUCAUCCCCCCCCUAGGGGAGCUACUACUCCGCCUGUCACCCUCCUUUCCCCUCCUUCCCCCCCGACUACCACUUACACAAAUACACCCACAAUAUUUAUAGACCCCAAGCCCUCCUACAUUCAGAAAGCCUCUACUCCAACUAUUGUCCUCACAAACAAGACUCCCUUCGAUAACCGCUUAUUCGUACAAAUCAACCAAAUAUACCCAGCCCGAAGCGCUGGAUCUUUUGCAAUCCUCACAGCCCUAAAGAAAGUCCUCGGACCAAACGCCUCUCUCUUAAGGAAGGUCCAAGAGGUCAAAACAGGCUUCGCUCUCUGUACCAGCUCAACAGCCAAUCUAUUAGCCCUUGAAAAACAGAAAGCCAUUAUAUCAUCCGCAAUCGGAGACUGCAAAAUUGAGGCCCAAGAGAAAUGGACCACUUACCGUCUAAACUACAUCCCCAAGAAAGUCAUCAUCUUCAAUGACCAAUUCAAAAUAAACUCCAUUUUAGUUACAAAAGAUACGAUCUUCGACACUAUAAAGGAAUACUCUAGUCAAAUGCUUACUCAUACUAUCCAAUCCCAAACGAACCCCCUCACCUAA